AUGAUGGCUCAUGAAGAGGAAGAUGUUAGAGAUUACAUGAUGGAGGAGCAGAAGGCAAUCAAGGACAAGUAUCCUCCAGUCAAUCGAAAGUACGAAUAUUUGGAUCACACAGCUGAUGUCCAGUUACAUGCGUGGGGAGAUACUCUGGAGGAAGCAUUUGAACAGUGUGCCAUGGCCAUAUUUGGUUACAUGACAGAUACUGGAACUGUGGAACCCCUUCAAACAGUAGUAGAAACCCAGGGAGAUGACCUGCAGUCUCUACUGUUCCACUUUUUGGAUGAGUGGCUUUACAAGUUCAGUGCUGAUGAAUAUGUCAUACCCCGGGAAGUGAAAAUACUUAAUAUUGAUCAAAAAAAUUUCAAGUUAUGGUCAAUUGGGUGGGGAGAAGAAUUUUCAUUGUCCAAGCAUCCUCAGGGAACAGAAGUCAAAGCAAUAACAUAGUCAGCAAUGAAAGUCUACAAUGAAGAGAAGCCAGAAGUGUUUGUGAUCAUCGACAUUUAAGACACCAAGAAGGAA